AUGGUAGGAGCUAUUAAGGCUGCACUCGGAGACGCAGUAUUGACUUUCAUGUGGGUUUUUUCUUCUUCCAUGUUGGGUAUAGUUUCAAAGGCAAUAACACAAGCACUUGGUCUUCAAGAUGUUUCGUACAACGGUUUCCCUUACCCCUCUUUGAUUAUCACCACUACCGUUGUGUUUCUUCUCGUUUUUCUCUUCACCUUAAUUGGUGCUGCAAUGGGUGGUGCUAGCUUUAACCCUACUGGCACCGCUGCUUUUUAUUCCGUUGGUAUUGGUUCUGAUACGCUUUUUUCCAUGGCUCUUCGUUUCCCUGCUCAGGCUCUUGGUGCUGCAGGUGGUGCAAUGGCAAUUGCGGAGUUGAUUCAUCCGAAAUAUAGACAUAUGAUUGGGGGUCCUUCUUUGAAAGUGGACUUGCAUACUGGGGCUGUUGCUGAGUUGGUUUUGACAUUUGUGAUUACUUUUGUGGUCCUCUGCAUUUUCAUCAAGGGGCCACGUAAUGAUUUAUUGAAGAUUUGGUUGCUGGCCAUGUCAACUGUCACUUUGGUCAUGGUUGGCUCUACUUACACUGGUCCAUCCAUGAACCCAGCCAAUGCCUUUGGUUGGGCAUACUUAAACAACUGGCACAACACAUGGGACCAAUUCUACGUCUACUGGAUUUGCCCCUUCACUGGCGCAAUACUGGCUGCUUGGCUGUUCCGGGCCAUCUUCCCUCCACCAGAAGUAAAACAGAAGAAAGCAUGA